AGAAGGCCGUGAUUAAUUCGGCCUCGGUGAGAGCUGCUCUAUUUAAUGGGGGGUUCGGGCCCAGGAGGAGUUAGAGACGCCUCCAGGACAGAGAAGCAUGGCAGAAGAUCUGGAACUGGGCUUCGGGGAAACAGCCAGCGUGGAAAUGCUCCCCCAGGACGGCAGCGGCGGGCCCAAGGGCAGAGCCAGGCUGGUAGCCAGGAGGGAUGGGGUGUGCUGUGCCUUUACCGGCUGCCUGCUCGCCUUCCCCAUCCUAGCAGGACUUACCGCCUACCUGCUGGUCAGCCAGCUCCAAACCCCAGGAGAAGACUGCACACCUGUCCCGAUUCCAAAAGAACAGGAGUUUGGAACCUCACAUCAGCCAUUUUACGCACCUCUCCAAGCUGAUAGAGAGAAGCCCAGGGCACACCUGACAGUUGUGAGACAGACUCCCUCACCACACCUGAAAAACCAGUUCCCAGCUCUGCACUGGGAACAUGAACUGGGCUUGGCCUUCACCAAGAACAAGAUGAAGUACACCAACAAAUUCCUGGUGAUCCCAGAGUCGGGAGACUACUUUGUUUACUCCCAGAUCACGUUCCGUGGGACCAAGUCUGAGUGUGGCAGCAUCAGCCAGGGGAGACAACAGAUCAAGCCGGACUCCAUCAUUGUGGUCAUCACCAAGGUAACGGACAGCUACCCAGAGCCCGCCCAGCUCCUAACAGGGACCAAGUCUGUGUGUGAAAUUAGCAACAACUGGUUCCAGCCCCUCUACCUCGGGGCCAUGUUCUCCUUGAGAGAAGGGGACAAGCUGAUGGUGAAUGUCAGUGACAUCUCCUUGGUGGAUUACACAAAAGAAGAUAAGACCUUCUUUGGGGCCUUCUUGCUAUAGGGGUAAAGCAGGUGUCCCUGCCUCCUACCUCCCAAUUUGGUCCAUUCAGAUGUAAUUAUAGCCAGGGGUUUUCUUGGGGUCAGAGGUAGGGGGCAUUCCACAGGGACAGUGGUUUAGCUAUGAAAUGUAGGGCCCCAGAGUUCACACUGAUGAGAAUACUAAUUGGGGGGGAGGGGGAAGCAGAAUAGAGCAGACAAGUCCUCACGGUGGCUUGAAGGAGCAUCGAGUUUCUGGAACACUGAUCAGCAAGCGAACGAACUGUCUGCUCAGAUCAUGAUUUAAAGGACAUUUCCACACCUCCCUGCUAGGUGAUUGUCACCUGUACUCCGUUUAUGGUUCAGUUUGAUCAGAGUUUUGCCUUAGUUCAGGAGCUUUUGACAAAACCCAAAGAAAGUCCAAGAAAACUGUAUACCCUGAGGAGGAAAAAUCCUUUAUGGUGUUUCACAUACCUUCAUGCCUAUUCUGAAGAAGAAAGAGAGAGAGAGAUGGUAUUUUACAUGAAUUUUGUUCAAAAAGGAAUUGGUCUUCAUGCCAUGUCUGGUCUAUGACAAAAGCUACCAUUCUCUUGAUUGUGUACACAACUACCAAAAUAAGCAAGUGUGAGUUCCACCUGCAUAUCAUAAACCUCAGCAAGUGCAUGGUUCAGAGCAGUAUUCUUGUGUACCUAUCGUGUUCUGGGCACUGUGAAGAACAAGACACAUUCUACUCAAAACUUACAUAAUUACCACUAAAUGCUUCCUGGUCAAAUAUCAAUUGAGAUACUCCAAAGAACUUCAAACCCCCCCAAAUUACAUAUGUCAUCUGAAAAUGUUAUUUCUAGAACUGUCUUGUGAAGAUAAGCCAUUGAUCAAAUCACUCAAGAAACAUGAAGAUCAUUCAAGUGAACUAGACAUACACAAAACUUGAUUGAUGCCAGGAGACAACAGAAUUUGUUCUCUGGGAAGGAAAAAAAUGUCAGCCAUCAAAUCUGGAUGGGUUAACCUGGGUCCACUUUGAAGUUUAUUUUGCAACUUUAUGUACAGAGACUUAACUGGGUGUUAUUCCCUUAAAAUAUAAGGGACUUAAAUAUAGGGUUAAUUAAUCAGCCCAGUCUAGAGGACAUUGAGAAUGUCCCUUCUAUGCUUCAGUGAUACAUAUGCCCUCGUUGGUGUGAUUCUCGUGCCCUGCUACAUCAAAGGUCAGAUGGCAGUUCUGCUCACUUAGCCUUUGUUGACUGGAACCCACCAAUUUGUUUCCCAGGAUCCUCUGAGCUCAUUGGAAUGCAAAGGGUUAACUUUCUGCAGGCUGUGUAAUCUGAGAGCAUCUCAGGGAGACACAGCUGGGAACCUCCUGCACCACAGCCUCUACUAGACAUGCUCCUGAUCAUGGAAGACCUCAUAGAUAGGUCUCAGCAGAACUUGAUCCUGGACUUACUCUUACACUGGUUGCCAGGCAACUCUAGAGGCAAAGAGACAUUAGAUGUGGGUCCUGAACACAGUGACGGGUUGAGUCGUGGUACUGGAUCAACAUCAGUUGAGUAAUAAUUAAAUACAAACCAAUGUCCAGUUUCUCCGUUGAGAGAUGACAACUCCCCACGAAUCUUCUGACCUCUGCUAGGGCUAAAUUCUCCGGGCUUCUUUCUUACCUUCAGCUUCUUCAGUCAGCUCAAGACUCAGGGACACUGGGGGCAGGGAAGGCUGUGGCCUCCACCUGGUUCAGAGUCUUCUUAGAGGAAGUAAGAUCUGAAAGAAGGUGGGCAGCCCCCAGUGACCACAAGGAAAGGGCAACUCCAAAGCAGGAAUCAUCCCCUGCUUCAAGCAGAAAGGAAAGGUUUCUCAUUAACUCUAAAAUUAGUGUGACCAAGAAUGUCCCCCCCAACCAGCCCCUAGAACCAUAUUUAUUGUAUAUCAAGAAUGCCUCACCAAUGGCCUAGCAUAGCUCCAGGAUCAGAACUAGCAUCCCAUUCUGAAUUAGAAGUCAGAAUGCUGUGUCUACCCAGUGCAGAAGAGCUUCCAGCAACCAGGGCUGCCAGAAAAGAAUUUGCACCAAAGAGGCCCCAGGGAACCACUCACCUGCUCCACUAAUAGGCUUUGUGUCGAGGACCUUCAAAUUUGCUCAAGGGUGAUCUAGUGGAUUUGGAAGUUUAUCCAGGACAGAAAUUUCCUAAUAUCUUAAGACACUUGAAUCUUUGGCAAAAUCUCUGCCAAGUAUUUAUUUUGUGCCUGUCGUCAGCUCGUUUAUUGAAUUAUGUGGCUGUUGGUUUGUGAAAUUCUUAACUAUCUUGUAGUGUUCAGCCACACAUUCCUAAUAACGCUCAAGUCAGAACUUCUGUUUCCAAAGCAUUAUCUUGAUAGCAGACGUGAUUGUUGCUAUUUUUAAAAGCAAGGUGGAAAAAUGCUUCCUAAGAAUUUGUGAUGGUCCCCAGAGGGGACUAAUGGCAUGCAUUCAGAGCUUGGGAGAGAAGGGGAUGCUUUAUAAAACAGAUAAUUUAGGGAGAAAGUUCUGUACAGGUUAAAUGGCUCUUAAAAACCUGAACUCUAAUCAAUUCCACAAACAUUUACUGAGUACCUACUUACCCUGAGGAUACAGAAAUAAAUUAUUUUUAGUCUCAGACAUGCAGAUUCUAACUGCUCUGUAACUCCACUUUCUGCAGAUCUCUUAAUUUAGUUUGGUUGUAAAUUAGCUUAUUAAUUAGCUAACUUUGGGCGCAUGGAUGCUUUCUUAUUACAAAAAAAAGGGUACCAUUCGAUGCAGUCUGAGCAUUAACAAAGUGAUUUGUAUUUAUUCUGUUUUUUUAAUAGCUACUCAAAGAGCAGUUUUUUAUAAAUAAAUAUAGGAAAAAAACAAAGAUACAUUUUUCUAAGGUUGGAUGCACUGUUUAAUAAGCUACAUGUAGAGAAAGAUCAUCAUUUACUGGUCUCAUGUUUGGUCACCAACACCCUUGAAAAUAUUCUAAUUCUAAAGAUGACCCCGAGAUGACUUGAAAAGACUGUGUUUCUCAACAAAUUCAUGGGUCACUAGCAUUUUGACCUUAGCAUGGUUUAGAUCUAUUUGGCAGAAUUGUUGGGCUACUAAAAUUUCUACUUUUUUUAAAUUUUUUUUUGGAUUAAGAUACAAUAGGAAAAGUGAAAAUCGUAUUUUUUUCAUAUCCUAAAAUGUGUCAGUUGGGUUCAGUGACAAGGCAUGUCAGAGUCCUUGGCUCCAUUUCAGUCCAAGCUCUAUCACCCCCUGGAUUAUAAAUUAGCUCACCAUACAUAAGGCAUGGCCAUUGCCAACGUUCUCUUGCAAGGUUUUUUCUCAAGUCCUUGCUCAGCCCUGUUCCCAUGAUUGUGACAUAGGAUGUAGGACAGGUCUAUUUCUAUUCUGUAACUUGCAAAACACAUGCCGAUCUCUCCCGCCUCAAAUUUUUUUCUGUUCUUUCAUGGCCCAGAGUCCUGGAAACUUUUGUCAUUUUUAGCAGAAUUUUCUUUCAGUGUACAUCAUUAUUCUUGGUGUUAAUAUUAUUGCAUCUUAUUGGCAGCUAGGCCUUUGGAGAAUUCAGUGAACUAUUAACCCCCAAAUCCUUUUGCACCCGUGGUGAGUGGUUAGGUCAGAGAAGCCAUAUUCAUGCCUCACCCUACUCUAACAACCAUAUCUACAAUCUCCCAAGCUCUGAGACACAUUUGUCCCCGCCUCUUCCAUCACUCCUUUUAAAGAAACUAUUGUACCAGCCUGAAUAGAAGUUACUCAUACAGGAUGACACGAGUUAACAGCAGAUCUAGAGCCAGGUUCUGUCUUCCUGAGUCGUAAUUCUGGGAUCAUCCAAUUACGCUCUACUCUUGACUAACAGUGAGCAAUUUAUAACCAGAGAAGAACAAAAGAGUAUCUUCAAAUACCAAGGGGGCAAUGUAGAAAGGGGAGGAGAAUUCUUCCAUAUAUCCCUGAAGAAAAGGGUUGGAGCUGAAAGUUAGGGUUCCGGGUCACCAUCUCUGGACUUCACAACCAAGUGAACUUUGUGUCCCCAAAUAGAAUUGCUCCAGGUAGUGAUUCCUCAUUCCCCGAAGAUAUUCAAGCAAAAGACUCAUCACAAGAAUUUUGUGGAAGCCACUUCUUCCUUGAGACUGGGGAAGGGACUGAGCCAAAGGAUUUUCGAAGCCUUUUCCAAAUCCAUGACUAUGUGGCCUUGCCAGGAGUCCAGUAGCUCAGCCUAGACGACGCAGUCAUGUCCCACUUGUCUAGAAAACAUCCAACACAACGUGACUCUGAGAUCUUGGACAGCAGAGAAAUGUCAUGGCUGACAUGAUCUGCAGAAGGUUACAUCAUUUCAAGGAUGAAGAAAUCCAGGCUCAGAGAGGUGACAUAAGUGACCCAAUGCUAGUCAGCAGGUAGUCAGAACAUUGAGAGUCCAAUUCCUAUCUCCUGAUGCCAGAGCCCAAAGGUUUUUCAGUUUCACCCAUGAGUCAAUUAUUUUUGAGCCUCUGUCAUAUGCCACACUUACCUAGAUCUGGAGAGCGGAGCGGGAAGGUGACAGGCAAGUCCUCGCCUCGUGGUGUAAUGCAGGAGGGAGGAAGCACACAAGAUGCUGAGCAAAUAAAGCAGCUGCACUUAAAUGAUUUUAUUGUUAAAGUCAUUAAAAUAUGUAAUUUCCCCCUCUUUUGUUUUGGGGGUGUGUAGAUUGAACAAAUGUAGGUAUUUAUGUGAUUCUAGUAAUAAGCCCCACGUGCUUUCAUUGAUUUUAUGUUUUAUGUUAAAACGUCACAACCGCAACGUAAAAUGCAUAUUGUAUGUUGUUGGAUAUGUACUUAAAUGGUAUGCAUCCCAUGUCUUUGGGCACUAUACUGUACAAAUUCUAAUUCCUGUAAAUGAAAGGUUGCAUAUGUUUAUGUAUUUAAUAGAUGUAAUUUAAUAAACUGGCAUUGAAGGCUGCAGAAUUGUAACAA